AUGAACAUUGCUGAUAUAGUACAGGAGAAAGAAGAUACUCCUGUUGCAAAUGGAGUCUCAACAAGAGAGGAAUCGACUGAACCUCAAGUCAAACAAGAGUUGUCACCUCAAUCCGAACCCCGAAUAAAAGCUGAACCUAAUGGUACACCAAGAGGAACGACACCUACACCCCAAUUACAAAGUAAACAAGUAAAACAGGAAUCUAUAUCUUGUGAUUCCAAUUUACCUCCAUUGCAUGAAAUUGUUGGCGGUUCAUCGAUACGAAGGUAUUUGAAUAAGCAUUUGACGCAGCACUUGUUGGAUGGAUUGAAAGAAGUGGGACAAGUGAAACCAGAAGACCCAUUGAGGCAUCUAGGAGAAUUUUUGAUUGCCAGGUCCGACAAAGAAAAAGAAUCCAAUACAGAGGAAAGCUAA